CGUCUUCCCUGCGAAACCUCUCCCUCCGUCGCCGGGGAAAACCGCUCUCACAGUUCUACGCUAACCUGCGAAUUGAUGGGGAUUGGUGGCGGAGAAAUGGAAGUGGACAGUGUAUUUAUUGGAGCAGGUUGUAACAGAGUAGUUAACAACGUGUCGUGGGGAGCUUGUGAUUUGGUCUCCUUUGGUGCUCAGAACGCUGUGGCUAUUUUCUGCCCUAAGACUGCUCAGAUUGUUACUACACUUCCGGGGCACAAAGCAUAUGUGAAUUGCACGCAUUGGUUGCCGGCGAGCAAGUUUGCGUUUAAAGCUAGGCAUUUGGAAAGUCAUUAUCUGUUGUCUGGAGAUGCUGAUGGAACCAUCAUUUUGUGGGAGCUUUCGUUGUUUGAUAAGAAGUGGAAGAAUGCACUGGAAGUACCAGAAAAACACAAAAAAGGUGUCACGUGCCUCUCAGCAAUUAUGAUAUCUCGUAUGGAAUUUAUGUUUGUAUCCUCGUCGUCUGAUGGUGUUGUGAAUGUGUGGGAACUAAUUCUUCCAUCCAGCUCCGGUGGUGAAUGCCAGUUGACAUGUGUCGACUCAAUUCUUGUUGGUAAAAAACCUAUGGUUGCUCUUUCACUUGCGGAAUUGCCUGGAAGCGACAGGCAUCUAGCAUUGGCUAUGGGCGGGUUGGAUAACAAAAUUCACAUAUACAGCAGCGAGAGAUCAGUAAAAUUCUCUCCUGCCUGUGAACUUAAAGGGCACACGGAUUGGGUUCGUAGUCUUGAUUUUUCAUUACCUGUGUAUACAAAUGGUGAAACAUCUGUCUUUCUUGUGAGUUCAGCUCAAGACAAAGGGAUACGCAUAUGGAAGAUGGCUUUACAAGCGUCUCUAGCUGAUAACAGAAAAGAAGAAAUCAGCUUGGCUUCUUACAUUAAAGGCCCCAUAUUUUCAGCCGGUUCAUCUUCUUAUCAGAUAUCUCUGGAAUCCCUCCUCAUUGGUCAUGAGGAUUGGGUGUACUCAGUUGCAUGGCAGCCUCCCAAAAUCUCAACUAUUGCUGGCGACGAAUCCCAUCAGCCUCUGAGCAUUUUAUCCGCAUCCAUGGACAAGACUAUGAUGGUGUGGCAACCCGAGAAGACUACUGGCAUAUGGAUGAAUAUGGUUACUGUUGGGGAAUUGAGUCAUUGUGCUUUGGGAUUCUACGGCGGUCAAUGGUGCCCAACAGGACGCUCUAUUUUAGCUCAUGGCUAUGGAGGAUCUUUUCAUCUCUGGAAAAAUGUUGGUAUCGACUUUGACGAUUGGAAACCACAGAAAGUCCCUUCAGGGCACUUUUCAGCAGUGUCAGACAUUUCCUGGGCGAGGCAAGGCAACUAUAUCCUAUCUGUUAGUCACGACCAAACGUCGAGAGUAUUUUCCACUUGGUUCGAUGACUCGUCUGGGAAAGAAGCCUGGCAUGAAAUUGCACGCCCUCAAGUUCAUGGCCACGAUAUUAACUGUGUGACAUUAAUACGAGGAAAAGGGAAUCACCGUUUCGUAAGUGGGGCUGAGGAGAAAGUUUCCAGAGUGUUCGAAGCCCCUCUUUCAUUUCUAAAGACAUUGAAUUAUGCUACUCGUUCACAGAACUCUAGCAGCGCCGAUGAACUGCCCACAACUGUGCAAAUUCUUGGUGCAAAUAUGUCUGCACUAGGCUUAUCACAGAAGCCAAUCUACGUCCAAGCCUCAGGUGAAUCUAAAGAAAGGAGUAACAAUGAAGGCAUCGAUUCACUUGAAACUAUUCCAGAAGCAGUUCCAGUUGCGUUGACCGAGCCACCCAUCGAGGAGCAGCUGGCAUGGCACACAUUGUGGCCAGAGUCGCACAAGCUCUACGGGCAUGGAAAUGAACUAUUUUCCAUAUGCAGCGACCACGACGGAAAGCUAGUUGCUUCAUCCUGCAAGGCACAAUCAGCAAAUGUCGCAGAAAUAUGGCUAUGGCAAGUAGGCUCGUGGAAAGCCGUUGGCCGGUUGCACUCCCACACAUUAACAGUGACGCAGUUGGAAUUCUCCCACGACAACCGUUUCCUUCUGUCCGUCUCCAGGGAUCGCCAUUUUUCAGUUUUUGCUAUUAAACAGACUGGAAUGGAUGAAAUCAGUCACGAGCUGGUCGUCAAGCAAGAAGCCCAUAAACGCAUAAUAUGGGCGUGCUCUUGGAACCCAUUCAGCAACGAGUUUGCAACCGGUUCAAGAGACAAGACUGUGAAGAUCUGGGGACUGGAAAAUGGGUCGUCGGUUAAGCUGUUCUCGACUCUUCCGACAUUCAAGAGCAGCGUCACUGCACUAUCCUGGCUGGGCAUCGAAAGACAAAGGAAUCACGGGCUCCUUGCGGUGGGAAUGGAAAGUGGUCUGAUAGAGCUGUGGAGCAUUGUCCAUUCCAAGAAUGAAGAUGGUCUUAGUGUAAUAAGCUCCGAUCUCGCUGUUCGGCUCAAUCCUUAUUUGUGCCAUGCAUCUGCCGUGGGACGGUUGAGGUGGAAGACGCCGGAGAAGAGCAACGAUGAGGAAGAUUCCGUGCAGCUUGCAUCUUGUGGAGCUGAUCAUUGUGUUAGGAUAUUUCAGGUGAGAUUUUGAUUUUUCGACUCUUAUGUUGUUUUUGUAUGAAAUUUUGGGGAUGCUUUGGGACUUUGGUUAUGUAUUUUGUUUGAUAUUUAUAUGUUGUCGCCUUGUGUAAAUUGGAAGUUGGGUUUUGGUUCUGGUC